GAUGUCAUAUCCUGCGUGGCAAGGGCAGUGAGAAAUGAAAGGGGUGAUGCAGAGUUAAAGAGCACAAGAGACAGAGGUCAUCUCUUCAGGCCCACACCUGGGGAACCGAGUUCAACUUCCACUGACUCUACCUGAGGACCUGGAUCCCAGGGAGGCAAAGCCUGACGCUGCACUAGCAGCUCAGGAAUCGCAGCCCAUCCCAGGUGCAGCUCCAGUUUCCCGCGAUGCAGGGUCAGGAGCAAGAGCAGCGACAAAGGCACCUCCAGGCACUGAGGAGAGUCUGCCCCUAGGAGGUGUCCCAGACCUGCCAACACUGUCACCACCAGAUGCAGCUGUGGCUCUGGGGUGGAGGCAGGCAUCUGGAGAAGAUCCCCGAAGGGACCUGGAGCUGUCACUGCACCCAGCACCCCCAAAGAAAGCACUGUCACGUGGGCCAGCUCUGGUGCCUUUAGGGAUCUUGGAACUGUCAAUGUGGCCUUUACUCCUGGAGGUAGAACCUUCACCGUCACCAGCUCUGAUGCCAUCAGGGGAACUGGAGAAAUCGUUGUUCCCAGAACCCCUAAAGGAUGACAUGUCACCUGCCCAACUCUGGUUUCCACUGAAGUCCAGGAGAAAAUAUUGUUGCCAGCAUUCCUGGUGUUAGAAUCAUCACCUGCAACAGAUCUGGCGCCCUCAGGGGAAGUGGAACUGUCAUCACACUCAGAACCUCUAAAGUGUGAGCCUUCACCUGCACCUGUUCUGGUCCCAGCAGGGGACUUAGAGCUGUCAUUGUGUCCCACACAAGUAAACAAUGACCUUUCACAAGCACCAGCUCUGGUGCCCCAGAGCAACUGGAGCUGUCAAUUCAUCCUGCACCACUAAAUGAUGACCUCUCACUUGCAUCAGGUGUGGUUUCUGCUGAAGUCCUGGAGCAAGUAUUGUUGCCAGCAUUCCUGGAGGAAAACUCAUCACCUGCAACAGCUCUGGUGUCCUCAGGGGAGGUGGAACUGCCAUCACUCCCAGCAUUCCUAAAGGAUGACCCAUCACCUGCACUAAUUUUGUCCCCAUAUGGGACCUGGAGCCGUCAAUGCACGGAGCACCCCGGAAUGAUGACCUGUCACCUGCACCAGGUCUGGUGUCUCCAGAGCCACUGGAGCUGUCAGUGCCUCCUGCACCACUCAAUAAUGGCAUGUCACCUGUUGCAGCUCUGGUGCCCUCAGGGGAAGUGGAGCUGUCAUAACUCCCAGAACCCAAAAAGGAUGAGGAUUCACCUGUUCCCAUUCUGGCCCUAGCUGGGGACCUGUGGUUGUCAUUGUGCUCCACACCUUUAAAAGAUGACUUGUCUCCUGCGCCAUCCCUGAUGUCUGCCGUGGCCAUGGAGCUGUCAUUGUCCCUGGCACCACUCCAGGAUGACAUGUCACCUACACCAGCUCUGAUAUCUGCUGGGGCCCUGGAGCAAACAUUGUUACCAGCAUUUCUGGAAGAAGAAUCAUCACCUAUGUCACCUUUGGUGCCCCCAAGGGAAGUGGAGCUCUCAUUGCACCCAGAACCUCUAAAGUGUGAGCCUUCACCUGCACCUGUUCUGGCCCCAGCAUGGGACUUAGAGCUGUCAUUGUGCCCCACACAAGUAAACGAUGACCUUUCACAAGCACCAGCUCAAGUGCCUCUAGAACAACCGGAGCAGUCAAUUCAUCCUGCACCAAUAAAUGAUGACCUCUCACCUGCAAGAGCAGAGGCUGAAACCCUGGAGCAAAUAUUGUUGCCAGCAUUCCUGGUGGAAAAAUCAUCACCUGCAACAGCUCUGGUGCCCUUAAGGAAAGAGGGGCUGUCAUCACUCCUAGCAUAUAUAAAGGAUGACCCGUCACCUACACCAAUUUUGUCCCCACUAUGGGACGUGGAGCUGUCAAUGCCUCCUGCACCAAUCAAUAAUGACAUGUCACCUGUUGCAGCUCCUGUGCCCUCCGGGGAAGUGGAGCUGUCAUCACUCCCAGAACCCAAAAAGGGUGAGGAUUCGCCUGCUCCUAUUCUGGCCCUAGCUGGGGACCUGCAGCUGUCAUUGUGCCCCACACCUCUAAAAGAUGACCUGUCACCUGCACCAGCUCUGGUGCUUCCAGAGCAACUGAAGCUGUCACAGCUUCCAGCACCACUAAAUAAUGACAUGUCACCUGCACAAGCUCUGGUGCCCAUUGGGUUCAUGGAGCAAACAUUGUUGCCAGCUUUCCUGGUGGAAGAAUCUCCACCUGCAACAGCUCUGGUGCCCUCAGAAGUGGAGCUGUCAUUUCACACAAAACCCCGAAAAGAUGAGCCUUCAACUGCACCAGUCCCAGUUUCAGCAGGUGACUUGGAGCUGCCAUUGUGCCCUGCAGCUCCAAAAGAUGACUGGCCAGCUGCACCAGCUCUGGUGCCUGCCGCGAACCUAGAGUUCUCAACGUGCCUUCUGCCCCUGCAGGGGUGGCCCAUUCUGGAUUGCCCCUCAGGACUCUUUCCUGUUCCACAAUUUCAACCUUGUCCUCCACCCAAAAGUUCCUUUGUUUCCCUUUUAUUCUUUCCAUUUGUCGUUUCCUUGAUUUUAAUUUUGCUGUCGUAUUUAUGUGAUAUCUUACAUUUGGGGUUGAAUUUAUUGUGAUUAAAUGCAACAGACAUCCUUGUAAAUUGCGCAUUCCUGAGCACAGGCUGGGCACGCGUCAUCACUCUCUGGCUGUGAAACAUUUCAUCUCCCCAAAUGAAAUCCAUUGCACACAUGCCUCACUCUCCAUUCCUUCUUUUCCAGCCCCUGGCUGACCCAAUCUUUUUUCUGUCCUCUGUUCUGGGAUCUUGUCUCUAAACCCAAGCAUAGAAUAAGCUCUCUUUUGUGUCUGAUGGGACUCAUUAAUUAUUGUCUCUUUUAAUUGGAACUCAUUUGCUUUUU